AUGAAGUCUCCAGCAUCAUCACUAUUGCUUCUUCUUGCUACUACGGGUGCAGCCAAAUGCGGCCCUGCAGACCCCGCGACACCCAAAUUGACUCAUCUGCUAACUGCAAAAGUCACUGCUUCGGAAGGAGUACCAAUUGGUGACUCUAUUAUCGGGAACCGCACUGCGUUCCCUAUUACUGGCGGAACCUUUACUGGCCUGAUUAGUGGCAAGCUACUACCUGUAGGCGCCGACUUCAGCAUAAUUCGGCCCAACGGCAAGUUUAGCCCCGACGGUAUCGCCGUGCUGCAGACGGACGACGGCGCCAAUAUUUUAUUCCGGGACCAAGGCUACGAGUCCAAAGAUGGGUACAUUUACGGAGCUGUGACCUUUGAGACGGGCGCAGAAAAGUACCAGUGGCUCAAUUACGUGGUCGCUGUUAGCAGCGCCAAGGUGUCGACUGGUGCCAGUGGUGCCGAUGUAGGCCUGGAAAUCUACUUUCUUGGUCCCGCGGGUCCCUAAAUUGCUGCGAUAUAAUACACUCUUGAUCGGGGCUCAAGGUUCACCAGAUGGAUAGAGGAGCUAUGCUUAUAGACAGUAAAGAUGAAGUAGAAGACGAUGAUGUUGAUAGUAGACUAAGAAUUCGUAUAACUUUAGUAAAUGGACUUGACAGAUAUUGACCCUAUCAUUGAUGUCUGCCUUUUCUAAUAGCUCUUUUGUUACUCUUAAGAUAAUGAAGAAAUAAAGUUGACAAGAUAUCAAACACGUUCUUGAAAAACUCAAAACAAAAUGACACGCAGCUGAUAGCCGACAUGGCUACGUACCUAACAACAACAGCUUUCUAUUGCUUGUAGACCAAAAAUCAGGAAAAUUCGCUCGUGGGUCUCAAACCCAAACCGCUCUUUGCAUAGGCCAUAUCCACCAUUCUCAUUUGUUUGACCGAGUCUUGCCCAUCGAUCCAGUAGUUUGUCGGCCGCCCCUUGAUACGAUUCACAAACUCCUCCAGCUGGUAGCGGUACGACAUCCACCAGUCCUCACCUGGAAUGUCCGCCAGCUUGUUGCCGGCGUCCUCCUGGAAGCUGUAGGCCUUGUGGCUUGCCUUUUCUGUCCACUUCUUAAUCGGCUGACCGUCAGCCUUGUUGCGGAUAACAAACAAGUCCUCGACAUCGAUGCGAUGCCACAAAACGGCGUGCAUGUAGCCGUGAAGAGUCACCUUGCGCGUCUUGACCUUUUCUUGCGUAUCCGGCAGGGAUGCAUCAGGAACCACGACGUCCUUGUGCGUGACUCGAGCCUCAGAUGGCUUCCACAAGAUAGGUCCUUGGAGGGUCGCCGUAGCCUCAGCGAUUCCGCCAUUGGGGAACCGGAACGUGGACUUGAAGUGAUAGUCGCACUUAUCGUGGACGCCAUCCGCCCAAACGGUGGGAUCGCAAGAGAGACACUCUUCAGGCUCGUCGUCAAAAAUCAUGCGCAGCAUGGCAAAGUUGUACGUGCCGAGAGCCAUGAUGCUGCCACCGCCAAGCUUGUAAUUGAACUCGAUUCUGUCCUUGUUGAUAAAAAGCCAUGGGACCAUGACAUCGGUGUAGACAUGCACAACGUCGCCGGGGGUAAUAAACGAUAGGAAUUUGUGCACAGCAGGAUGAAAGCGGCUGUGGCAGGCUUCCAGUAAAACAGGCGCAUUGGGUUGUGAGAGCUCCGGCAUGUUGAACAGUUUUGCAGCCUCUUCCUCAUUGUUGACAGACGGCUUCUCUAACAGGACA